AUGAUAAUUCCAGAAAAACAUGAGAAAGCUCUAAUCUAAGAAAUUUUGACACUUUUACCAUAAAGUAUUGGUGUUACUUAAAUUAAGCAGCACAAAAUAAAUAAUGUUAAAAAUUAGUACAUUUAAUUUAUCAUUUGUAGAUUCUAAGUUUCAUAUCUCUACCAAAGUUCCCAAAGAAUACCAAUCAGUCAAGCCUUUUUAUUUGAAGAAGUCUCCAACAAAUUAAAAAAGUUUCCCUUAGAUAAAUAUGUCUCCAAUUAUUUGAUAGAAUCCCUACAUCCAUACUAUGACAAAGAUGAAAGCUUCAUAGGUUUUCCUAAUCUAACACUUUAUGAAGAUGGAGAAUUUAAGUCAAACCAAAAGCUAGAAGUGACUAAUGAUAUUCUUAAUGUCAUGAUUUUUUGGUCUAUAAAUAAUUGGGAAAGCGUGCAAUUGAUGAAAGAUUUGAACACUUAAAUCAUGAACGAAUUGAGGGAAGCUAGAAUACUGUCAAUCAAUAUAGACUCCGAUUAAGAAGCUUGGUCGCAAUAUAUUUUAGAAUUAGAAAACUAUAAUAGUUAUCAUUUCAACCCUACUCACAUUGCUUUUAAUUUACAAAUGAAGGCAUUGCGAUUUACCAGAUUUCCCCAUGUGGUUGUUCUGGAUAAGGAAUAAAAAGUUAUUGUAUUGGAGAACACUAGUCUUCAACAAAUUAAAGACACUUUAUAAAAAUACGCCAAGUCUACAAAUAACCUUUAGACUAUUGAUCAAUAAUUACAAAAACUAGAAUUAUAAAAUUCAAUUACUUUAUAGUAUUCCAAGGAAGAUUAUAAAGCUAUAAAAGAGAAAAUACAAACUUAAGUUAUGGAUAUGGUAAAUGCUUUUUUUGCAGAGUAAGAUAUUGUAGAACUUAGAGUAAUACAGAAAAAAAAUUACUUUAAAGAUGGCUCAAAGGUUGUGAUAGAUAGAAGCAAAAUAUUAAUUUGUAUUGAACAAAACAUAAAAAAUGAUUCAAAAGAACUGCAUGAGGAAUUUUAGAAUUAUCUAACACAGGUGCUUGGAGAAUAAAAUUAUUUAGUUGUUAGAUAAUCAUUUCGGAAAUAUGAAACAGAAGAGCAAAUUGUAAUCAGGGAGAUAUUAAAUGAUUUUGUCUCAUAAUUUGAAGUGCAAAUUGUUCCAUAUUAGUCUGAAAAACAUAAAAUUGCUUGGUAUCAUAUUAAAGAAACAUUUAUUUGUUAAUCAAAUUAUGAACAAAAAGUGAAGUUUAAUAAGGAGUUAUCAAUAAAAGAGUACAAGGAAAUAAUAGAUGGUAUAGCCCCACUUUUAGAUGCAUAGGAGGAAGAAAAUUCAAAAUAAUAUUUAAAUACUUUGAUUGAAUAAUUAAAAUCCAAACGAUCUAUGGGGGAUAAGUUUUACCCUAUUGAUGGUUUCUAUAAUAAAGAUGGCAAAGAAAUUUUAAUCGAACAUUAGCCUUAAUAAAUGCUUGUUUUAAUUUGGUUAGUUCCUUGUGUGUUCAUCAUCAUGAAAUUGGAGAAUUUUUAUAAGAAAUUGAAAGAUCAAUAUGGAGAUAAACUAAGAUUUGUAUAUUUAGGAAUAGAAUAUAAUCAGGAGGAUAUUGAUUUGAUUUAUAAGUUUAAACCAACAAGUGAAUUUUACUAUUCAAAAGAAACACCUAUUUUGGCAAGGGAAAAAUAUGAAGUCAAAUACUUUCCUGUUCAAAUGAUUAUAGAUCAAAAUGGAAUAAUCAGAUAGAAUGGUUUAUUUCACAAAUUGGAGAAUAAAAUUGCAUUUGAAUUUGCCACGCAUCCGUACAAAAAAUAAUAAAUUAAUCAAUAAAUAUAUUUUGAUUAAUUGGAAGAAUUCCUUUUUAAUCAAAAAAUAAUAACAAAAGAAAUGGGAACUGACAAAUAAUUUAUUUAUGAAUUAGAUGUACACACUAAUGAGUGCCAAGAACUUAUAGCAAAUUGUGAGUAUACAAUCAGAUAAAAAUCCUUGUUUACUUUAGGAUAAUUUCAUUAAUCCCUUUAAUUUCACAUUCCAGUUGAUAAAUUAUCAAUUGAACAGCGUUUAAUUUUGUCUAUCGAUAUUCGAUAUCCUGCUAUUAUAUGCGAUUAUUGUGGAGUUAGAUUGAGCAGAAAUGAUCCAUAAUAUUUUAAUUUCUUCAAAAAUCAAUUUUACUGUUGUCGAUGUGCUGAAAGAAAAGAUAGACUGAAUAAAAAUUAUGAAAUAAAAGAUAAUCUUGCCUUCAUCAAUACCCCAAUCACUGAUGUGAAUGAAUUAAAAGAUAUAGACAUUUUUAGAUUUGGAAAGAACAUUCAACCAGUAGAUGAUCAUAAAACUGUUUAAUAAUAUAAUUGUAAUGGUUGCAAGAAAUCGACCAAUCUUGGCCAAGAUAGAUACAUAGUUCUAAAUGAUCAACGAGGUGUUUACGCUCCUGGCGGAUAUAGUGAUUUUUGUACGAAUUGUUUUGCCAAGAUAAAAAGCAAAGCUCCAGAGUGGAAAAAAUUCACUGACGUUAAUGAUAAUUCAGUCUUCCUUAGAAUUACCUGCUUCUUUGGAUAUAAUAAUUUUUGA